AUGAUAACAAUAAUAUCAAAAGACAAUGUAAAAAUUUCUAUUUCUAACUAAAUUAUUGAGUUAUCAAAAGGUUUAGAGCCUUAUUCAUAAGAUAAAAAUAUCAUUUUUGAAGAUAUAGUGACUGGAGAUUUUUUACAAACAUUUAAAUUGUUUUAUGAAGAAUUCUAAUUUGAUGUUGAAAAAAUGAAAUUCCCAAAACCUAUUCAAAUAAAAGAAAAUGAAAAAGUAUUUGGAAAAAUCUUAUCUGAACAUAUUAAACCAUUUAUGGAUAUUGCAAUCAGAGAAAAAAAUAUUGAUAUAUUUAUUUAAUUUAUUUAAGGAGCUCAUUUAUUUUAAGCAAAACAUUUCAUAGAAUUUAUUAACUGUUGUUUAGCAAUGAUUAUAUAAUUUAAGGGGCAAUCAGAAUAUGAUAUAAAAUAAUUUUAAAAAGAUUGGAAUCUUUCUGAUUAAUAAUAAGACUCAUAAUUUAACUAGUAAAAAUUUUAUAUUAUUUAGAAUAUUUUUUUAGAAAUUAUAAAAUAAAUAUAUUUAAGUAUUAUCUACAAAAGAAGGGGAACAAUAGGUUCAAUAAAUACCUAUGGAAGAAGAUUUAUUUGGCGAUGAAUGGUGA